CGUCGGUUGGAGGAGUGAGGAUUUAUAAUUCUGGGAAAUGAGAAAUGCUUGAUACAGCAACUUGAGUCUAGGGCCAAGUAUCAGUAUCAUCCCCACCCAGCCGAGGUUUGAUUUCUCACCUUGAAAAGAAGGAAUAGACUGCCUCUGUAACCCUCAAGGACUGACGAAUUCAUUGGCACAGACCUUGGGUACUAAACAGAAGACCUUACUUUGCAACUGAAACCAGCUUUUGACCAACUUAUAACGUCAACAUGACUGCUAGAGCCAUCUAGGAGAGAAUGUAAUACAAAGCUCUCACUUGUGAUUUGGUUGUUCAUAUCCAGAAUCAGGAGAGGGAAGGCCCAGCUCUGGACAUGGAAUUGUGGGAGGCACAUCAGAAGAGAUGGACCAGUGUGUAUAAUCAUGGAGUCUCCUUGCUGACCAUCACCACCUACUCUCCUUGAUAAGUGAGAGUGGUCGGGGAGAAGGAAAAGAAGUCAACAUGAAGCUAAAGCAGCGAGUCGUGCUGUUAGCAAUUCUCCUUGUCAUCUUUAUCUUCACCAAAGUUUUCCUGAUUGACAACUUAGAUACAUCAGCUGCCAACCGGGAGGACCAGAGGGCCUUUCACCGAAUGAUGGCGGGCUUGCGGGUGGAGCUGGUGCCCAAGCUGGACCACACCUUGCAGUCUCCCUGGGAGAUUGCAGCCCAGUGGGUGGUUCCCCGGGAAGUGUACCCUGAAGAGACACCAGAGCUGGGAGCAAUCUUGCAUGCCAUGGCCACCAAGAAAAUCAUUAAAGCUGAUGUGGGCUAUAAAGGGACACAACUGAAAGCCUUACUGAUACUUGAAGGAGGACAGAAAGUUGUCUUCAAACCUAAGCGGUAUAACCGGGACUAUGUGGUAGAAGGGGAACCAUAUGCUGGUUAUGAUAGACACAAUGCAGAGGUAGCAGCCUUUCAUUUGGACAGGAUUCUAGGUUUCCGCCGAGCUCCCUUGGUGGUUGGCAGAUUUGUUAAUCUGCGGACAGAGAUCAAGCCUGUUGCCACGGAGCAGCUCUUGAGCACCUUCCUAACCCUAGGAAAUAAUACUUGUUUCUAUGGGAAGUGUUAUUACUGCCGAGAAACAGAGCCAGCCUGUGCUGACGGAGACACGAUGGAGGGGUCUGUCACACUUUGGCUUCCAGAUGUGUGGCCUCUACAGAAACACCGACACCCAUGGGGCAGGACUUACCGAGAGGGCAAAUUGGCCAGGUGGGAGUAUGAUGAGAGCUACUGCGAUGCUGUGAAGAAAACGUCUCCUUAUGACUCCGGCCCGCGUCUCUUGGACAUCAUUGAUACAGCUGUCUUUGAUUACCUGAUUGGCAAUGCUGACCGCCAUCACUAUGAGAGUUUCCAAGACGAUGAAGGCGCUAGUAUGCUCAUCCUUCUCGAUAAUGCCAAAAGCUUUGGGAACCCCUCGCUGGAUGAGAGAAGCAUUCUCGCCCCUCUCUAUCAGUGUUGCAUCAUUCGUGUUUCCACCUGGAACAGACUGAACUCCUUGAAGAAUGGUGUGCUGAAGUCUGCCUUAAAGUCCGCCAUGGCCCACGACCCCAUCUCCCCAGUGCUCGCUGACCCUCACCUGGACGCUGCGGCCCAGCGGCUCCUGAGUGUCCUGGCCACCGUCAAGCAGUGCACUGACCAGUUUGGGAUGGACUCUGUGUUGGUGGAAGACAGGAUGCCUCUCUCGCACCUGUGAUUCUCCACAAAAUAAGUGAAACUGCUUUUUACAAAGAUAGAGAAACAGCACAAUCAGUUCCAGAUGGUAUGAGAUGGAUUGGAAAUGGCCAGCAGUGCGUUCUGGUAAUAGGGGAUAGGGUGGCCUUGGAUUUCUUUGGUGUUUGCUGUAGUGGAAGCUAAAGCAAAGACUUACAAGCUUCAGACCACGGAACUGUACCUGCUGAACCACCUUCAGACUUCCUCGGCGUUUGCCCAUCCUAGCAGAGGGGGGCACAUUGGUCAGUCUUAAUUUCUCAUGCCAAAGGAUGAAGAGAGGUGUGACAUUCAACUAGCUUAAUGCUGGGGUUGGUUCUGGAGUGUGUAUUUGGAGUUCAUCCUUAUAGUCCUUUCUCCACAGUUGUGGAUCUUCCAAAAACACUUUGCAAUCUCUUGAGUCCCUUUUUUCAGGAUUAGUCAAAUUGGGGAUUUUACUGCUUCCUGGGGAGUGGCAGCAAGGAACCCGGCAUUCUGUUGAGCCAAAGUAGUAUGCUCUGUUGGAGGGACUAUGCUUUUAAGGUAGAAUUAGAGGGAAGGACAAAAGCAGGAAGGAUGCUUGGGCUUUUAAGUGAGAAGGUGGUAGUGCUUUUGAUGAUUCUUAAAGGAGGGAAGAAGAGAGAGAGACCUGCUUGGUAGGACCAAAAUCAAGGAGGUGAUUGAAUUAGUGAAAAACAGGUUCCCCUGUAUUUAAGUUCUUAACAUAUAUAAAAGCAAGCAUGACUUGAACCUAAGUAAGAUUUGCAUUCUCGUGGUUAUGUCCAAAGUAAUCCAAAAAAAUUGUCCAUAGAGAACCUACUGUUACAACCCAAGCACAAUUCUGUUAUGGAGGCUUACUUUCUUUUUUGCCCCAAACCUUGAGUAAGCGUUAGGUUGCCUGCAAUCUCUGCCAUCCUGAUUUCCAAAAUGAAUUUUCACUUCUGUCUUCAAGGUAUUUAGUUGUUAAAGCUGUUGUUCCCGAGAGACUGGCGAUCCUAUUUGUGCCUUUCUUAGGAGAAAAGCCAGCUCACUCCUAUAGCUAAUAGUUCACAUACUGCUGAUUGCUGGACCUGUCUAGUGAUUUGGGCCACACAGAAGGCUAGAAACAGGUUUUAAGCCUUCUGAGCCUUUAAAUUAAGGUGGUUACCAGGAAGAGCCUUAAGAUUUUUAUUUAUGUCAUACCCUGUUUUCAUCAUUUAAUCUUGUUCUGAACCCACAAGGUAGUAUUGUUCUGCCUUCUAUUAGCACUUUCAAAUAUCAGGUUGCUAAAACAGGCUUAGUUGUGUGUUCUGGCAAAGUGAUUUUGACAUGUAACCAGUUGCAUUAAAAUAUAGGGUGAGGAGAGCUGGCCUGGUGAAUCCACUUGUGUGUCCUCAGAGCUGGAAGCUUCUCUCCUGCAUUUUGUCUGGGGACUCUUCCGGUUUUGACUUCUGUGAAGCAAAGACUAAUAUUUAAACAAUGUGGUUGGAGACCAAUUUUCAGUUACCACCCUUUCAAAAACAGUUUAGAAUUUAUGCUCGAAUUUUCUCAGAUUGAAAGUCAACUGAGUACCCAGUAACUACUUUAAAGUAACAUGAAAUUAGGAUACUUUUGUGCUUAGUUUGUACAUUUGGAGAUGUACACAGAAUGGGCUGAGCUAUUUUUUAAAAGGUUUUGGAUUUAAGAAGACAUAUCAGCACAAAACACUGAGCUAGUAUUAACAGGAGGAGGCACUGAUUCCAGUUUUAAACUCAUGUACUGUGUGCAUCCAGGGAAGUACACAUUUGAGCUUGAUGGUGCUCACCUCAAAGCAUCAGGGAGCCAAUAAGAAGGUAGUCAGUGUUGCUUUGCUUGAUCAAUGUUAGUUGAACUAAUUCUUUCAAACACAUGAUAUUGUUCUUUGGUAUGUCCCAGUGGAAUGAGUAAGAACUGUUCUCAAACUCGGGAACUUUAUUCAUAAUGCUGAAGGCAGAAGAUUCCGUUGAGGAAAAAUGGAGGAGGGAAGGCUGCUUUGAAAACAUCUCAUUAUUUUUUCCAAACACUGCUUCAUUCUCCUUCCCUAUUUUAAUAUGAUCUUAAAAGGUGUUCAGAUGUAUAGUGGUUAAAGUUAGAAUUGUGCUAAGAGAGUGGUGUGAACUGAUGCUUGGAAUAUAAAUUUAUGUUCUAAGUCAAUAUUGGAUUAAGCUGGGAAAAAUGUGUUUAGGUAAAUCUCGGAGAAAACCAACCAUAAGCUCUUAGUCCUAAAAUUCAUAAACACUAUAUUCUGAUUCAAAAAAAGAGGUAGAUAUUGUUUUUUAAGUUUUGUAACACUGUCCUUUUUAUGGUUUAUCUUUUAGAAUUGAGGGUUGUUAUAAUCAGGUCAUUGGAAGGGUUUUUGGUUAGUCUUAAGUUGGGUAUGCCUAGCUAACAUCUAAAGAUAGACAUGGAUACAUUUCAGUAUUCUAAAACUAAGAAAAUCAGAACUGGCUAGCAUUUCUGCACUCCUCCUACUUUUUAAAUAUAUUUAUUCCAGAGUUUGGGGGAAUAUGGGUAUAGAGGUUUCAUUCUAAAAUUGUUCUUUAAUAUGAAGCUGUAUUAUUAGUUUGGGGUAAAUAAUUUUCUGUGCAAAACAAAUUAAUAGGAUCUGACUUGCUCAGAGUAUUGCUUAAUAAUAUAUUAAUAAUGCAUUUCUCCGUAUUUGCUCUCAGGAUUAAUAUGUCAAAUGAAAUGUAUGUAAUAAGGAAAUGGGAGAAUUUAGGUACAUCCAUUGUAUAUUGUUUUGGGAAAGAUGAAUCCUCUAUAUGGCAAAAUUUCAGUAUCACCUGAAAGCCACAUGUUCUUCCAAAGAAAUCCAUCUUUUCUUUUCUUUAAAAAAAAAACAAACAAACAAAAAAGAGGCUUUUGGCCUUCCCCUCCUAUCCACCAUGUUCCUUCACCCUCUCUUCUCCAUGGCUUCCACAUUCUCGUUUGACCAGUCCAUGACCACACCUCAAAUGAUGGUAAACAGCAUCUGUCGUUUUGUGAGCUUGGGCUUCAGGAAACAUGAGUCAAGGUAUAUGUAUGUAUAUAGUCAUAUAUGUAUUCUAACAAGAAAAAAAUAUUUAUUUUCACACAGGGAAACACUGACUUAUGUUGCUGAAGAACCUGAAGCUAGUAAAAGGUUCUCAGUCUCUGAGCGUGAACCUAAGUGACAUAAAGACCAACCAUCCAGGAAACACCUACUGUGCUAGCCAGGGCCGGUGCCCAAGGCAGAUAGACCAGCCUCGUGAGACUGCUCUACAGCAGGGGAGGGCAAGUUUUCCUUCCUUCCACUCCUCAAGUCUGGGUUGAAAAGGUGGGGGCUGGAUACUAUACUGCCACAGGUUUUUAAGGAACUAAGGUGUUACUCAAAAAUACAAAAUGUUUAGGGGGGGAAUCUGGGAAUAACUUACCGGGAAGUAAUUUAUUUGCUUAAGAGGGAGGUGUAAGAACCACGACCCUCGGUUCUGAUCUGCCAAGGAUUUCCUCUCAGAGCUCUUGCACAAAUAGAGGUUGUGCUUGGUAAGAUAUCAAACAAGACAGAUAUGCACCUAAAUUUCUAAUGUGUUCUAUGGGUUUCAAUUCUGAAAAAAAGACAAUAAAGAUUUUAAUAAUAA